UCCGUCCUAACACUCAAUGCUAAAUUGCUAACUGCUGGAGGAACAGAAGGAUAAAAUUUAGCUGGCGUAAGUGAUCAAGAUCAGAUCUGUUUUAGUGUGUACUUAUCCAAAGCAGUCGUAAAGUGACUUAUUUUUAUAUAUUCCGCCAAUGUCACUCUGUCAAAGACGUUCUCUGAGACUCAGCCGGUCGACCAUCAAUGGCGAAGAAAAUCUUUACCCUUAUGUUCCUCCAACAAGUUUCUUCAUCGACGAAGACGAUGAAGAAGAAAUUGCUGGCAAAUUAUCAGACUUAAUCAAAAUCACUUGGAAACUUUACACUGUAUCUCCCUUGUACAAUCUUUCCCGUGAUGAACCCUGUUUGAAGCAUUAUCAGAACUACAUUUCAGAAGAGCUCCUUAAAUUGAAAAUCAAAGAUUUACACUUUAAAGUAACACUUGAAUCAGUUCCUGAAUUAGCACCAACAGAGAAUGACGAAGGAGCAUUUAGGCUUCAAAUCCUAUCUAAGAAGAAGAGGAAGGUGUCCACUUUUUAUGAAGGCAUAUUCUUAUCUUGGAGGAGCUCUGGCAAGCAAACCUCGUCGAAUCAAGCAUCCAUUAACUUGCCCUUGCUACUAUGUUCGGGUUCGGUUCCAAACAUUCGCAAAGUUCACAUUAUUUUGGCAAGGUGUUUUGAUUGUGUCUUCGAAAAAUUUCAACUGGCUCAGUAUGAUCUAAAAUGGUUAACAUGUUUGGCUGUCAAAUACUCCCCUUCAAAGACCAAUCACCUAGACUUGAUAUACUUCAUGCAUCGUUCUUCCUGCAAAAAUGCCACAGUGACGGCCCGAUCAGACUUUGAGGCUCUUAGAACCAUUUGGGAUUGUAUUUCUCAAGAAGACAGAAUUACAUAUGAGGAUGUCAACAAAUUUAUCGCAGGUGUUCAUGAGCACUUUCUCAACACCUAUCAAAUAGAUUUCAACAAGCUCAGCUGCAAGAGUAUAGCAGCGUCUGGAAGUGUGGUAAUCAAUAAUCAAGGCAAGGUCAGAGUUCACUCCGUAAAAGUUAUGGAUUGUCUUCUGAAAUACUUCAGCACUACUUAUCACUCAAGAAGGCUGCUUCGAUGAGAGCUUUAGAUAAUCCGUUCAAGGAAUCCUGAAGGAAUUUUGAGUAUCGAGUAUUGUGAUCCUUAGGUACGAGUAAAAUCAGCUGAUAAUAGUCAAAUAAAAAUUGUUACAAUACUUUAUUCAAAUUUUUACUAUCAAGAAAUUUAUACAACAAUGAUGUAAAUACAAACCUUAUUGUACAGCUUUAUUUUUAAAAUUGAGGUUUCUACUUCAAUUUUUAGUUUUAAGUUAUUUUAUACGUACAUAUUUACAAUUUGUACAAAUACAAAUAGAUAUACAUCAACUUUUAA